AUAGUGAUUCGAGAGGAUCGGCGUUUCGUUGACAAAUUGUGUCGUUCUUGGGUGUUUAAUCAGACCUCAACCAGUCGUCUUAUAAACUUAUUCAUACAACAAAGCUCGCUGCAACGCAUAACCAACCCCAGCCGCGGAGGUUGGGUUGUCCUGUAUCAACAGACCUGAAACAACCAUUUCUGGCGUCAAAGAAGAAAGGACUAAGUUUGGAGGAGAAAAGAACACGCAUGAUGGAGAUUUUCUUUGAAUCAAAAGAUGUGUUUCAGCUGAAAGACAUUGAGAAGAUUGCCCCUAAGACAAAGGGCAUAGCUCCCAUGACUGUGAAGGAAGUGCUGCAGAGCCUGGUGGAUGACAACCUGGUUGACUGUGAAAGAGUGGGUACAUCCAACUACUACUGGGCCUUCCCCAGCAAGGCCUUGCACGCUCGCAAGCACAAACUGGAGGAACUGCAAAAACAGAUUUCUGAAGCAAAGCAGCGGAAAGUGUCUCUGCAGAAAGCGGUUGAAAAGGUGAAAGUAGGACGUCAAGAUACAAAGGAGAGAGAGUCUCUGCUGAAGGAGCUUCAGGCUCUGAGAGAGGAGCAAACUCGGCUGCAGGCCGAGUUGGAGAAGUACCGAGAAUGUGACCCCGAGGUUGUUGAAGAGAUGAGAAAGUCAAAUGUUGUCGCAAAAGAAGCCGUUUCCAGGUGGACAGACAACAUUUUUGCCAUCAAGUCAUGGACAAAGAAGAAGUUUGCCUUUGAUGACAGCCGCAUUAAUAAAGCCUUUGGGAUCCCUGAGGACUUUGACUAUAUGGACUGAUUUCCAGUCUUAAAUUGUGCACACAAUAAAGGAAAAAAGUGUUUAAGCUACAGUUCGAAGCCUCCAUAACUGGCCUAUGCAUUUCUAGUUUCUGUUCUGUUUAUUGGAGUGAAAAUAAAUGCAUGAGGAUUCAUAUGUAAGGUUAUGUUUGAUUUUGCUGCAACAGAUGGACUUGAUCAGCAGAUGUUUCUGUGGUGCAACCAGAGUAGAGGGUGAACCAGCCAUUAGUCGCUGUGAGGGGGUUCUGUGAUAAACACAAUUUAGAUGGGACACCUGUUUGCAUGAAAACUGAGAGCUCCAAGUUGAUGAUGGAAAGGAAUCAACACUUAGCACAUCAGUGUCACAAAUGAUCUAAUUUAUAUGGUUUAAACAGAUGGUCUGGAAUCAAAUGCUUUUGCACUUUUUCCUCUCAGUUUUCCCUUUUGUGUUUCUACUGGAGCAGAAAAAAGCCUCCAUUUCAGAAAGAUCUAGUUCUCCUUUUUCACAAGAAGUGAUUAUCUUACAAAAGAUAUGUUUAGCAUAUGUUUUGCAGAUGCAGAAUCCUUUGUCCUGUGUUGCAGAUAAAAUGUCAUUCUGAAGUUUUACAAGCUGUUUUCUGCUGUUGUAUUCAUUCCAAAUCUUUUUUUAAUCAUUUCUUUAGAAACUGCCAUUGUUGCAAAACAGGAACAGUGUUGCCAAGACAUGUCUACAAUGGCUGUUUUCCUCCAUUUUUUAUCCUGUCAAAUCAGAUGCAAAACAGGUAGUUGUGUGUUCUGUUUAUUCACUGACCUAGUUGACAAGGCCAUGUGUCUGGUUUUGCUGAUUUUAAAUUUCAAACGUGCUCUGUGCUCGUCUUGAGUUCUCUUUCCAGUAGGUGAAUGAUAUGCAGACAUAUACAGUUUUGUUGAUCUGUCACUUUUUAUUUAUGGUGUUUUAAUGGGUUAUUUUCCCUGUAAGCCAAUAAAGGUGCAUCCAUAUGUAAGAGAGACAUUUGAUGCAAAUGUC